UCUAGAGCUUAUAUCCGGCACGACUCUUUCAAAGAGCUUGAGUCAGAGAGGCGUUUUUACGUGUAUAUAUAUACUUCUAGCACAAAUUCAGAAUUAUUUUGGAGCACGGAUACAUUUCUCGAAUUCGGCGGCAAGACGAAAUGGGAUUCAGGCUUCUGACAAAGACAGUUUUUGACUUCUACGACAGGGCAAUCAACGAUGGAGAUCAAAGAACUUCCAAGUGGUUUUUAAUGUCAACACCAUGGACAGUUCUUUCAUUGCUAUUUUUCUAUAUUCUCCUCGUCAUUGUUGGUCAGCGAAUAAUGAGAAAAAGAGAUUCAUUUGAUAUCAAGAAUAUUCUUAUAAUAUACAACAGUCUGUUAGUUAUUUUAUCACUUUACAUGUUGCGCGAGUUUAUAUUCUCAGUUACCAGUACUCCAGACUUUAACUACUUUUGUCAAGGGGUCGAACAGGGUGAAAACACUAAUUUAUUGCGGCAUGCAAAUGCCAACUGGUUGUUUCUUAUAUCUAAAAUAGUCGAAUUUCUUGAUACAGUGUUUCUUAUCGUCAGUAAAAAACCCGUGAGCUUUCUUCAUAUCUACCAUCAUAACAGUGUUUGUCUUUUGUGGUGGAUCAUUGUUAAAUGGCACCCAGGUGGAACUACAUAUUUCGGUGCUGUUCUAAAUUGUUUCGUGCAUGCAGUGAUGUAUUUUUAUUACCUGCUAUCUGCAUUGGGUCCUCGAUUCAAGAAGUACUUAUGGUGGAAAAGGUAUCUCACAUCACUCCAGCUGCUCCAAUUUUCAAUGGUGUUUGUCUAUGUCACAAAUGCGAUGACCGUGAAAGAUUGUGAUUAUCCACACUGGUUGCUAUGGAUCUUCGUUGGUUAUGACAUCAGCCUGAUAAUUCUAUUUGGCAAUUUUUACUUUCAAGAAUAUUUGAAAAAAAACAAAAAGAAAAUGGACAUGAAAUCAAACUAAAAUCUUCAACCAAUUCUUCAUAUCAUCAUCAGUUUCAAUUUUUUCUCAGUGCAUGUUUUCGUCUUUAAAAUAAAUCCAUU